AUGUUCAGUUUUUUCCGCGGGCCGACACUUGAAGAUCAGCUGAUCGAGCUAAAAUUCAACGCAAAGCAGUUGGUCUCACUCUCUAAGAAAUGUGAUAAGGAAGAAAAAGAAGCGAAGGAAAAACUCAAAAAAGCUAUCGUUGCUGGAAAUCAGGAGGGUGCCCGAAUAUAUGCAGAAAACGCAAUUCGGAAAAAGAACGAGAGCCUCAAUUACCUGAGAAUGUCCUCAAAGGUAGACGGUGUUGCGGCUAGAGUCCAAACAGCAGUGACUAUGAGUUCCGUGACAAAGUCUAUGCGUUGUGUCGUGCGGGAUAUGAGUGCCGCGAUGAAAUCAAUGAAUCUGGAGGCGGUAUCUGCGCUAAUGGACAGAUUCGAAAGAGAAUUUGAAAACCUUGAUGUCCAGUCACAGGUCUAUUUUGCCUUUAAAUUUUAUUUGUGUGUAGGUCAUGGAAGGCACAAUGAGUAACACAACAACCCUCAGCACUCCCGCUGGCGAAGUCGACGCCCUAAUGAAGGAGGCAGCAGAUGAAGCAGGAAUCGAGCUAAAUACUGCCCUCCCCAGUGGCGUUACGUCCACUAUUGCAUCAUCGAGCUCAAAAUUACCAGCUGAGGAACAGGACCUCUCAGAGCGUUUGGCCCGACUGCGUCAAGGCUGA